AUGGCGCUUAAGAGAAUUAACAAGGAGUUGACCGAUCUCGGCCGNNUGACCCUCCCUCAUCCUGCUCUGCUGGUCCCAUCGGAGAUGACCUGCCACCAUCAUGGGUCCCACUACCCCUUCAAGCCUCCCAAGGUCAACUUCACCACCCGCAUCUACCACCCCAACAUCAACAGCAACGGCAGUAUCUGUCUGGACAUUCUCAGAGACCAAUGGAGCCCUGCUCUGACCAUCUCNAAAAGGUACGUUGUUGCGUUCCUGCUUUCCAUCUGCUCCAUGUUGACCGACCCCAACCCUGACGACCCGCUCGUUCCCGAGAUCGCACACGUCUACAAGACUGACCGCUCGCGCUACGAGGCCACAGCCAGAGAGUGGACAAGAAAGUAUGCCAUCUAA